UUUUCCCAUUAGAAUACCGUAAAAAUGAAACAGGCGAAGCAAGCUGACGGGUAGAAAAAGAUGACGACUUCAAACUUCAACACGGAGAAGAAACAGAGAAAAGGAGACACAGAACUAUAACUGGUCGUCAUCGGAGGCUUACUCUGAAUCUCAAAUCCACCUUCAAACUCUCACCUCCACCGCCGCAUCAGAAAAUAACCGCAUAACACCACCACCGACGACCAGAACAACAACAACCAAAAAAUGUCGUUGAACAUGAAAACCCUAACCCAAGCAUUGGCCAAGGCAUCCGCGGUCAUCGAGAAAAAGGUGCAGACGACGGUGCAAGAGGUCACGGGCCCAAAGCCCCUUCAGGACUACGAGAUCCUCGACCAGAUCGGCUCAGCAGGACCCGGCCUGGCAUGGAGGUUGUACUCCGGCCGGGCUCGUGAUCCGUCGCGGCAGCACCAGUACCCUGUCGUGUGCGUGUGGGUGUUGGAUAAGCGGGUUCUCUCCGAGGCGCGAAUGCGCGCCGGGCUCACCAAGGCGGCCGAGGAUUCGUUUUUGGAUUUGAUUCGGGCGGAUGCGGCGAAGCUCGUGCGGCUCAGGCAUCCUGGUGUGGUUCAUGUGGUGCAGGCGCUCGACGAGAACAAGAAUGCGAUGGCUAUGGUGACGGAACCUUUGUUUGCUUCUGUUGCUAAUACUCUUGGCAAUGUUGAGAAUAUUGCAAAUGUUCCUAAGGAUCUUAGGGGAAUGGAAAUGGGACUGUUGGAGGUGAAGCAUGGUUUACUUCAGAUUGCAGAAUCCCUUGAUUUUCUACACAACCAUGCUCGUCUUAUUCAUCGAGCUAUAUCACCGGAGAAUAUUUUUAUUACCUUGAGCGGAGCCUGGAAACUUGGUGGAUUUGGUUUUGCAAUUUCUACUUCUGAGAACUCGGGUGACUCAUCUCAUCUGCAAGCCUUCCAUUAUGCUGAGUAUGAUGUUGAAGAUUCUAUUUUGCCCCUUCAGCCAUCACUUAAUUACACAGCUCCUGAGCUGGUGAGAAGCACUGGGUCUUCACCUGGGUCCUCUUCCGAUAUUUUCAGUUUUGGAUGCCUUGCCUACCAUUUAAUUGCUCGCAAGUCUUUGUUUGACUGCCACAACAAUGUGAAAAUGUACAUGAAUACCCUGACUUACUUAUCCAGUGAUGCUUUCUCAUCUAUCCCGUCGGAACUAGUUCCUGACUUACAAAGGAUGCUCUCUCAAAAUGAGUCUUUCAGGCCAAAUGCGAUGGAUUUUACAGGCUCGCCAUUUUUCCGAAAUGAUACUAGAUUGCGUGCUCUGCGCUUCCUUGACCACAUGCUUGAAAGAGAUAACAUGCAGAAGUCAGAGUUCUUGAAAGCACUGUCAGAUAUGUGGAAGGAUUUUGAUGCCCGUGUAUUGCGAUACAAGGUCCUUCCACCACUUUGUGCAGAACUUAGGAAUUUGGUGAUACAGCCGAUGAUUCUACCAAUGGUCCUAACCAUUGCAGAGUCUCAGGACAAGAAUGAUUUUGAGCAAUCAACACUUCCAGCUCUAGUCCCUGUCUUGAGCACUGCAGCUGGUGACACAUUGUUACUACUUGUGAAGCAUGCUGAACUUAUUAUAAACAAGACUAGUCAAGAGCAUUUAAUUUCACAUGUUCUUCCAAUGAUUGUUCGGGCCUAUGAUGAUAAUGAUGCACGAUUACAAGAAGAGGUCCUGAAAAAAUCUGUAUCCCUAGCCAAGCAACUUGAUCCUCAGCUGGUUACGCAAGUGAUUUUGCCCCGAGUUCAUGGACUAGCACUUAAAACGACAAUUGCUGCGGUUAGAGUCAAUGCUUUGCUGUGUCUAGGCGACAUGGUUAACCGACUUGAUAAACAUGCUGUCCUGGAUAUCUUGCACACUAUUCAGCGCUGUACUGCUGUUGACCGUUCUCCUCCAACCCUUAUGUGUACUCUUGGGGUUGCAAAUUCUAUUUUUAAGCGGCAUGGAGUAGAAUUUGUUGCUGAGCAUGUUCUUCCACUGCUUAUGCCCCUUCUGACUGCUCAACAGCUGAAUGUUCAGCAGUUUGCCAAAUAUAUGCUCUUUGUCAAGGAUAUGCUCCAAAAGAUUGAAGAGAAACGAGGAGUGGCUGUGACUGAUUCUGGAAUCCCAGCUGUGAAACUAUCUCCUGCGGUUAAUGGCCUUCAAACUGAAGCCCUGAGGACAAGCAGCAGCACUGUUGCUUCAACAACAAAAAGCAACCCCUCUUGGGAUGAAGAUUGGGGUCCCAAAACAAAAGGAACUGCCUCUUCUGUCCAGAAUUCUAAUGACAGACCCAGUCAGUCUGUACCACGCAAUUCUUUGGGUCAAGAAACAUCUUUACAAAAGCAUUUACCCUUAUCGGGUAUAUCUGAUCAGCAGACAACCAAGUCAUGUCCCUCAGUAGAUGUAGAAUGGCCGCCUCGAUCAGUUGGUGUUACCUCACAAUUUGGUAAUGCUGAAAAGCAAACAACGUCAGCAGGAACUCCACCCACAUCUACUCACAAAGUCGAUGAUCCUUUCGCAGAUUGGCCUCCACGUCCUAGUGGCUCAUUAUCUGGUGGAUCUGGAAUUUCUAACAAUGGUACUUUAGGAAUGCCACCACUAAACAAACAAGGGUUUAAUUCAAUGACAAGCAAUUCAAGCAAUUUGGGUUUCCAAACUAGCAACCUCUGGUCUGUUAAUCCCCAAAGUUCUGCAGAGUCUGCUAGUUUGAACCUAAGGAAUGCCAGUUCAGCCACUGGCAACUUGAACAGCAGCCUUGAACCUCAGAAUUCUCUUGGGUUCCUAAAACAAAGUCAUGCUCUUCCAGCAUCGAAUGUUUCCAAUAAUAACUUCAAGUCAACAGAUAUUGGAUCAAUAUUUUCUUCCAACAAGAAUGAUCAGAUUGCACCUAAACUUGCGCCACCCCCUUCAUCCACAGUGGGCAGAGGACGAGGAAGAGGGAGGGGAGCUACGUCAACCACUCAACGCUCUAAUACCUCGUCACGUGCUGAGCAGCCACCCCUUUUGGAUCUGUUGGGGUAGCUUGCUUCCUUCUAUACUGUUCUUUUAUCAGGGUGAUGAGUUACUGUCGAGAUUGCAUAUUUAUGCAGAGCAUGCUCUGUCGAAUGCUCAGAGACAUCUAUUGUGGAGGAAACAGUUGCCGAAUAUCAUGCUGGAAACAUCUGCUGUAAGAGACAUCUACACUGUGUAAAGUUUUUGUUGUAUGUGGCUUAGUCUAUAGUGAGUUAUCUUACGAAAAAAAUUGGAUUGAUUUUUUUUUGAUUUUUUUUUUUGCUAUAUAUCACACUUCACUCGUAGGGCAUCAGGCAAAUUGUAUUCAGAGAAAGUUCUGAUUAAUGUGACUGGGUUGAAAAUAAUAAAAGCAGUCAUUAAGUUCCCCCUGAAACGGGAAU